GUUUGGAAAGACCACAAGCAUACUUGCUGCAUGCCUUUCUAGCUAGUUUUCUGUCACACCCACCAAAAGAUCAUCAUGUCCAUGCUUAGUUUCCUUUUCAUUCUCAUGCUUUUACCCUCAUUUGAAGCCAUUCCUUCAGAUGAAGAAGUGUUUAUUAAUCCCUCAGAAGUCCAAACCCAAGACAUGCAAGCCUUGAUUGCACAAGCCUGCAUGGACAUUGAAAACCAAAACUCAUGCCUCACAAACAUCCACAACGAGCUCACCAAAAUAGGCCCUCCAAGCCCCACUUCAGUGGUGAGUGCAGCACUCAAGCACACGCUCAACGAAGCAAGAGUGGCCAUCGACAACAUAACAAAGAUCACAACAUUCUCCGUCAGUUACCGGGAGCAACAAGCCAUAGAAGAUUGCAGGGAGCUCUUGGAUUUCUCGGUUUCUGAGCUUGCAUGGUCGAUGGGGGAGAUGAGGAGAAUCCGUUCAGGUGAUACCAAUGCGCAAUACGAGGGCAACCUUGAAGCAUGGCUAAGUGCAGCUCUGAGUAACCAAGAUACGUGCCUUGAAGGGUUUGAAGGCACAGAUAGACGCCUUGAGAGUUACAUCAGUGGAAGCUUGACACAAGUCACACAACUUAUAAGCAAUGUCUUGUCUUUGUACACUCAGUUGCAUAGCUUACCCUUCAAGCCUCCGAGGAACACUACUACUCCUCUAACAAGUCAUGAAACCCUUGAGUUUCCUGAAUGGAUGAGUGAGGGUGAUCAAGAGUUGCUCAAAGCCAAGCCACACGGUGUGCGUGCGGAUGCGGUUGUGGCUUUGGAUGGGAGUGGUCAUUAUCGCUCUAUCACUGAUGCUGUUAAUGCGGCUCCCAGUUAUAGUCAAAGGAGGUAUGUUAUUUACGUGAAAAAGGGGCUUUACAAGGAGAAUGUGGACAUGAAGAGGAAGAUGACCAACAUCAUGCUUGUGGGUGAUGGUAUUGGCCAAACAAUUAUCACUAGCAACCGGAAUUUCAUGCAAGGAUGGACCACUUUUCGAACUGCCACACUUGCUGUAUCCGGAAAGGGUUUCAUUGCAAAGGACAUGUCAUUCCGGAACACGGCAGGGCCAGUGAACCAUCAAGCCGUGGCACUGCGUGUGGAUUCAGACCAAUCAGCCUUCUACAGGUGCAGUGUGGAAGGGCACCAAGACACCCUCUACGCCCACUCCCUGCGACAGUUCUACCGAGAAUGCGAAAUCUACGGCACCAUAGACUUCAUCUUUGGCAACGGUGCCGCAGUGUUGCAAAAUUGCAAAAUAUACACCAGGGUCCCACUUCCCUUACAGAAGGUUACCAUCACGGCCCAGGGAAGAAAAAGCCCACACCAGAGCACUGGCUUUACCAUCCAAGAUAGCUAUAUUCUGGCCACCCAGCCCACGUAUUUGGGCCGGCCCUGGAAGCAAUACUCUAGAACUGUUUACAUCAACACUUACAUGAGUGGGCUAGUCCAGCCCAGAGGGUGGCUUGAGUGGUUUGGAAACUUCGCCUUGAACACUUUGUGGUACGGUGAGUACAGAAAUUAUGGGCCUGGUGCAGCACUGGCUGCUAGGGUCAGGUGGCCCGGUUAUCAUGUAAUUAAGGAUGCUUCCACCGCUAGUUACUUCACAGUUCAGCGCUUCAUUAAUGGGGGCACGUGGUUGCCAAGUACAGGUGUCAAGUUUACAGCAGGCUUGACCAAUUAAUUCACUUUAUUUCUUACCUCUCUUAUUAGUCUUUCUGUAUCCAAACAAAUAAGCUUACCAUCCUCCAUUUUUUUAUUUUUUUAUUUUAAGAUUAAAAUAAUUGUACCGUUUACUUUGAUUGAUGGAGGAUGAAUAGAUUCUUUUUUUCAGUGGGUGGAUA